UGGACAGGAUGGGCUGUGUGCAGGAAUGUGCGCAUCCUUUUGUUGAUGCGUCUCUAAGGUUACUGGGAGCAGAGCGGCACAGUGGCAGCCUGUUACUGGGGAUUUACUAAACAAGAGAGCUAAAUCUGACAGUGAAUGGCAGUUUACCGAUUCAAUGAGAACUGGGAGCGUUUUUCUUAAAAGUGGGUCAUCCUCUGUGAAUCCAUGGAGACGAGCCUGAAAUCGACCCCUCACUCGGUGAAGCGGUGGCAGCUCAGCGGGACAGACUAUGAAGCGCGAAGCCUCCAAACCCGCUUCAGCGCCUGGACUCCUCUGAACAACAAGCAGAGCAACCUGCAGUUUGUUGGUGUCCUGUCCUCUAUUUACUCCCAGUUAUUUGAGGAGAGGAUCAACCUUGUGCUCCACUGGUUUGACCUGUGGACGGAUAGACAGAGGAAACACCUGCUGCACUCUCUGCUCACACGCUGCACCAAGUCACAGCUAAAGUACUGUAGGGAUCUGCUGAUUGAGACGCUUCCAGUGACUCAAGUGGACUUCACAGCGGUGCUGCCCCGGUUCCUGUCCCUGUAUGUGAUGUCAUUCCUGUCCCCUCGUGACCUCUGCUCUGCUGCCCAAGUCAGCUGGCACUGGAAGAUCCUGGCUGAGCAGGACUGUCUCUGGGCAGGCCGGUGUAUCCGAAGAGGCUGGUUUCUUCCCUACGCUCCUGGAGAAAGAGAGUUUGGAGCGUGGAAGAACCACUAUGUCUCCUGCGUCUCCACGCUGGACCGUCUCACUCCCCGGGAGGCAGCAGAGCGGUAUGGGACCCUCAAUCAACAAAGCACUGGGAUGACGGAAGAGGAGGAAGAGAGAAGGAAGGAGAGGAGGAUCAGACAGAUGAUCAGAGAGAAGCUUCAGGAGGAGAAGAGAACAUUCUUGAGAACCAAGAGAGCCUGGGGCAGCUACACAAAGCCUGGGGAAGCCAGCAGUAGACACACCCGGACGACAACACCCACUUCUGGGAUAACAUUCAGCUUAUGGCCCUCCCUUCCCUGGCCUCCAAGGACUGUCACGUCUCCCAGCCUCUGUCAGUCUAUGACUGCGGCUCAGAGCUUGGAGAGAGUGCACACCACCCGGCCUAGCAGUGAAAGACUGAACAAAGCCAGAGGAGCGCUGUCCUCCUUCACCUACAGACCUGCAACGCCGCACACCGUCUCUCCCAUCCAUCGCAGCAGUCCUCCCCUCUUAUUGCUGGUCUCUAAUAGAAUUCCUGCUUAUGAGUUGGUGCUGAGUGGCGUGAAGGAAGGAGUGAUCGUAGUUCUGUACGACCACAGAGGGAAACUCUCAGCUCUCUUAACCCAGGUGGAGAGGGUUGUUUCUGGGCAGAGAGUGCAGAGGCUGGGCCUCUUAGCUCCAGGAGGAACAGAGGAAAUCCAUCUGCUUCACAGUAGCAGCCUAUCAAAGAAGACUCUGCUGACCCCUGACCAAAGAGAAUUCUGGGAGAAACUGUGUGGCUGGGUGGCACCAUCCGAGGAAGGAGGAGGUAUUGACAUCUUCUCCCCGCUGGCAGCAUCAGCCUCAGGAGUGGCUCUCAUCCAGAGUCUCUCGACUCUUACUGGUCUCAAGGUUUGGGCGCCAACAGGUCUUGCCACAGGAAGUUUUCAGAAUAUCCUGAGCGAGUGGUCCGAUAGCAGUCUGUGUGUGGAGCUCUCAAACCAGCAACCAGGAACCCCGGCGCACCAGUAUGUGUGUGAGAGCUUACUGCAGGUCUGGUGUAGACAGGCUGAGUGGGUGGAGGAGGCUCUGGGGGAGCUGAGGGGCUUUCUAGGGCCACAUUUACAGCAGGUCAGCCUGGAGGCCAGGGGCCGAGCUCUUGGUCAGUUUCUGUGGGAGGAAGUCUGCCUUGAGGAUCUUUGUGUGUCGAAAGACCUAAGUAUGGCUUUGACUGAAGGGCUCACUGCUCUCACUAGAGAGGAAGAGGCCCGACCGUUGGAGUUUCUCGCCAUCUUCCUGACAAGAUGGAGUGAGCAGAAGGAAGGAGAGGAGAGUAGUGGAGAGAAAAAGUGGAGAAACAAAGGAGCAGACGACGUCUCUUCAGCACCACAUAGCUCACAGAUAUGCUUGUUGCCUGAACAGCCACAGACAGUGUUGGAUUGGAGAGGUGCAGCAGCCAGAGAGCUGCACCACAGCGAGUGUCUUUAUCUAAGCAGACUGCACGCUGUGUUAAAGGUGUACCAGGAGCCUCUUACAGCAUCUCUGAACUCCAACAGAGCCAUUCUCAGCUACGCCGACAUCCACAUCGUCCUCAGCCCUGUCACACAAAUACUGGAGCUCAACCGAGUGUUUCAGGUAGAUCUACAGGCCAGGCUGCAGCAGUGGGGUGCAGAACAGAGUGUAGGAGACGUGUGUGUAAAACUGUGCUCAAAUCUCAGAGUCUACACCAACUAUUUCAACAACUACACCACUGCCCUCUGCACCAUUGACAAGUGCAGAGAGACGAAACCUGCAUUUCGAGCUUUCCUGAAGAGAGCAGACAGAACUCUUGCAACGCACAUGCUGAGUCUACAGGAGCUGCUGCUGUGUCCAAUGUGGAGAAUACAGGAGUACGUGACUCUGCUACAAGCUCUGACUUUACACACACACCCAACCCACCCCGACCACACACACCUCUCCUCUGCCCUCAACACGCUGCAACGAUACAGAGGAUUUAUACACAAGUUAAAGCGUAACACCGAAAGAGACAAACUGAUGGAGGAAACACAGCAGAUGAUCCGAGGCUGUCCGAACCUCAGUGAGGGAAACAGGCAGCUGAUAACGACUCAGGAUGCUGCUUUGCUCAGGAGCCCUGAUGAACAUAUUCCAGAUUCUCUCAGGACCUAUGAGCACGUGUCUGAUGUCGGCAUGUUCCUGUUUAAUGACGCUCUGGUGUUGACGCAGCGAAGAGUGCAACACACGCCUUUUAGCCCGGCUCACCGCAGCACACACAUCUUCCUCGCCUCUGUGGCCCUCACCAGCCUGACUUUCAGAGAGAUCACACACACACGCUAUGUGUGUCAUGCCUUUGUCCUGGAGGGUCCUCGUCGUUCCUGGGUUUGCGCCACAGAGAGAGGUGAAGAGAGAGAGCACUUCCUGUCUGUGCUGAGUUCAGCCAUACAAACAGCUCUAAAAGGACAUCAGUGACGAUACAGCGGAAAGACAAGAGGAGGUUUGGACACCGGUGUUGGCCCAUUUUUGGUGUGUGGAAACAAUAACAAAGAUCAGGAAACAUCAAAUCUUUCACGCCAAGAUACAACAAAAGGACAUCGCGUACCUGCCACUGUUGACAUGAAUAUCUGACCUUCACCUGAAAAGUAUUUCCUGAAAAAAUGAUAAUCUAUCUAGAAUAACUAUUUUAAAAUUCAGCAAACAGGAAUACAGUUGUUUUUUGUUUUUUCACUACUCAAUCCUGCUGUUAAGCAGUCGGCCAAAUUAUAACAGCCAAUGUCAACAUGAGACUUGAGACAAAAUAAUGUCUUCAUAACUUUCAGAUUGUCAAUCAUUGACUCAAAACUACAAGUGAAACUUACUGUAUGUCACAUAUAUUUAGUCUGAGUUCAUUAAACCAUCAGGAAGACAAUUUUAGCAUCACAAUUAGCAACAAUCUGAGCUUUAAAUGUCAGCUCUUACUCUAAAAUGUUACCUUUCGAAUAUCAUAUCUCACACUUUUUGUAAUGUUUCUGCUUUCAUUUCUCAUUUUUCCAAAUCGGAAAUUACAUAAAUUCAAAUUUGUCACUUUUAAUAAAGAUAAAUGUCAUAA